UAAAGAUUGUAAUUCAAAACCACUUUUCUUCAACUUUAAUUUUUCAGUCGAAAACUGACCUGUUGGUCCUGUUCGCAGGUCUGAAGGACAGAAGGAGGUCAGUCGUAUCUAGGGAAGGGAAGGUCAAAUAAUGUUUACAUCACUGGUUUAUUUAUACUGUAUUAAAUAAUACGUUUAUUUAACGAACGAAAUAUUGAUCAGUUCAUUCCUAUCGCAGUAUCAACAUCGUUGAAUACCUUUUAUUAUACCGGAUGACAGUAUUAUGAAUGAAAAUAAUAAACACAGAGGAUAAAGUUAAUACGAAGUGAUAACAACUGCUUUUAUUUAUUUCGUGAUUAUCGGUAUUCACUGUGAUGCAGAAAUAUGAAAAACUUGAAAAAAUCGGGGAAGGUACAUAUGGAACUGUGUUUAAAGCCAAGAAUAAAGAAACUCAUGAGAUUGUAGCACUAAAAAGAGUUCGUUUGGAUGAUGAUGAUGAUGAGGGUGUACCCAGCUCGGCAUUACGAGAGAUCUGUCUACUGAAAGAAUUAAAACACAAGAACAUUAUUAAAUUAUAUGAUAUUAUGAUAAGUGAGAAAAAACUUACUUUGGUUUUUGAGUACUGUGACCAGGAUUUGAAAAAAUACUUUGAUAGCUGUCAAGGGGAAGUUGAUGCUAAUAUUGUAAAGUCUUUCAUGUAUCAGUUAUUACGAGGACUGGCAUUUUGUCAUGCGAAUAAUGUACUACAUCGCGACCUCAAGCCUCAAAAUCUACUAAUUAAUAAGGAUGGGGAGUUAAAAUUGGGUGAUUUUGGAUUAGCUCGACCGUUUGGUAUUCCCGUUCGCUGUUAUUCUGCUGAGGUUGUAACAUUAUGGUAUCGUCCGCCAGAUGUUUUAAUGGGAGCGAAGAUUUACACGACCUCAAUAGACAUGUGGUCAGCUGGAUGCAUUUUUGCAGAAUUGUCGAAUGGCGGAAGACCUCUUUUCCCAGGGAGCGACGUUGAUGACCAACUAAGAAAAAUAUACAAAAUCUUAGGAUCACCAAAUGAAGAGGCUUGGCCUGGAAUGACAAAAUUGCCAGAGUAUAAAGAUUAUGGGUUCCAUCUUCCAGUAUCGUUAUCUCACGUUGUUCCAAAACUUCCAUCCAUUGGCAGGGACCUACUACAGAAAUUGCUCGUGUUCAAUCCAUUAAUGCGUAUGGCUGCAGACGUUGCAAUGAAUCAUCAAUAUUUCAAUGAUCUUAAUCCUUUAAUCAAAAACUGAUUAUACCAGAUCUGUUCUAAUUUAAGUAACUCCGCUUUCAAAGAAGCAAGAAAAAUAUUCUGCAUAAUCGUGAAUACAUGCAUAAAAUCAACUUUUGUUGUACAUCAACUCAACCUACUAUUUACUGUAAGUUAAUAUAGGGAAUAUUGGUUAAACGUGUGCUAUAAUAUCCCCGAACGAUAUCACUAUGCUUUUGUAGAGAAACCAUAUGAACAUCUUGCUCAACAAUAGCUGUAUAGUAAUAAUUAAACACUGGUAGCAAAACCAAAAAUGUUGAUCAAUAUUUAGUUCAAAAGUAUAAAAACUGGAAUUGAUUUUGAAAGCAAUGAGUAUAACUAACUUGUCUACAUCUA